CAAAGCGACACACUGCGACGUCAUCCAAAGGCGCCCGUGUUGUGUCAACACACCUGUGUCGGAUCCUGACCGCGGAGCUCGUGCUGAAGUCCGGACGCUGCCUCGCGCCUCUCACGUAGACUGUCCGGCUCUGCAGAACUGAAUGAGCCCUCUGCCAGUGCAGUUUGGUAAGUGCUGCUGCUGCCGAGAUGGGCCAGCAGUUCUCAGGUCAGUCAGUUUUGCCUCAUCUGCCUGAGAAACUGGUGAAACAUGUUGGACUGGUGCGGGACAGCGGCUAUCUCACCUACGAGGAGUUUUUGGCAAGAGUGGCUGAACUUAACGACGUUACGGCCAAGCUAGCUGCUGGACAGCAGAAGCACCUGCUGUUUGAGGUGCAGCCAGGAUCCGAUGCCACAGCCUUGUGGAAGGUGGCCGUCAGGGUCCUCUGUACCAAGAUCAACAAAGAGAACGGCAUGGUCGAAGUAUCACGUAUAAUGAACCUCUACCAGUUUAUUCAGUUAUAUCGAGACAUCACCAGCCAGGCUGCUGAAGUUCUGUGUGCAGAGGGCGCCACGGAGGGCCCGUCUGCACAGCUCCCCUCCACGGACUCCUGCCAGGCCAGCAUGUGGAUGGGCAGGGUGAAGCAGCUGACCGAUGAGGAGGAGUGCUGUAUCUGCAUGGACGGAAAGGCCGACCUCAUUCUGCCCUGCGCACACAGCUUCUGUCAGAAGUGCAUUGAUAAAUGGAGUGGGCAGAGCCGAAACUGUCCGAUAUGUCGCCUGCAAGUCACUGCUGCCAAUGAAUCGUGGGUAAUGUCUGAUUUCCCCACGGAGGAAGAGAUAGUCGACUCCAUCCUCAAUUUGGCUGAUGAGGCAGGCCACCCACACAGGCCUUAACACACGCUGAGCCAAUUAGACGACAGGGGAAAUCGUAGACCUUACAUGUUGCAACACAAAAUGUCACUUUCACUGAGGAGGAGAAUUUUAAUCCCCCUAAAAUGCUAACAUCCAAACGAAACCAGCAGUUUUCUGCUCCUUAUGUUCUUAGUGACAGGGUUGGGGAAUGAAACAUGUUUCUUUUUAAGUCCUAAAAAAAUCCCAGGAUGCUCUAUGUAACCCAAGUAUUGUAGAUGUGGUGCUUUAUGGGAACUGUGUGUUAAUACGUUAAGUAUAUGUAUAUUAUUAUCUAUUAAUAUAGCACACAGAAUGACCUAAAGUACAGUAAUAUGUGAGUUCAUUUAACUACCAUGGAAGGAUCCAAGUUGAAGUUGCCUUUCAUGUUAAAAUGAACGGGACUGAAGAGGAGACGAACUGAGGUCAGCCCUCGUAUGCAGAGAGGGUUGUUCAGACUCAUAUAUUCCUAUUAGUACAUUUAAAUAAAUAGCUAGACAUUUUGUUGGGGGGAAAGCUUAUCUGCUUUCUGGCAGAGAGUUUCUGGCAGACCACCACCUGGUUAGCCUAGCUUAGAACAAAGAUUUGAAACAGAGGGAAAUCUGCUGUCCUGACUCCAAACCAAACUUAUUUGACAUAUAUAAAGCUAUUCUGUAGUCUGUGUAAUGUAGCCCUGCAUGUUUAUAUCCCACAUGACAUGCCUUAUGAGCCAUGUUAUGUGAACCUGUUCUUCUGAUCUACUUCAGAACCCAGCUACUGACCUUACCAUCUUUUGGGUGUACAGGACUAACUCUUUUUAUAUGAUUUUAAUGACAUAGCUUGCUGUGGUGUCUUCUUCACAGUUGGAAAUAACCACUAUUUGUCAUCUCUGCUGGUUUAAUCUUUUUACUUAUUAUAUAUUAUAUAUUAUAUAUAUUUUAAUGACUAUAAUUUUAUUAAGGUUAUUCUGAACUGAUUGCUGUAGAAGUACUGUAGUUUACACUUCCAAAACAGCCAGUCUUGUCCGUGUGUUGCUCCGCUUUGUCAUGCCUAUAUCUAAGAUAACUGAUUCAUGAGACAGGCAGCUUUUAAGUUACAAAUGAACUUAUGUUAAAGUUUAAAUCACAGAAUAGUUUUAUUUCAAGUAAGUAUUUCUGGUCGGGUUUCUAGAUCUCCUAGAUCACAGGCAACACUUUGAGUUGGCUGGUUGUGAUUUAUGAGAAGUGGAUCUAGCUGAAAAAUAUUUGUGAAAUAAAAUGUGAAAAUGUAUUGAGCUUAAUUUUUCUUUUCAGCGAUAAAUUUCUAUUUAAUUUAAAUUGAAUUCAUUAUCUAAAGUUGUAAUGAUAUGAUCAUUACAUUUAGCAAGUUCAGUUAUUUUUGCAUUUAAUUAAAUUUGGGUAGUUAAACAGAUUUUUCCAAAUAUGAAAUUUAACGACUGACAUGAUUUAAGUUUUUCGUCCUGAAUUGAUAUUUGCUGAAUGUUCAUUAAAUAUACCAUAAACAUGUGAAUUUUAAUUUGACCAAAAGUCAUUUUUGGUUGUCGAUGCUGACAAAUCUCACCUUGAAACCUCACUGUAGCUUUCUUUGUGAUUUUGCACUACAACAACAGAUGAUUUUAUCUCUGUGGUGUAAAAUAUUAUCUGAUGCUGUAAUGUGAGACCAGGCACAACCAAAAAUGUGCUGCAGUUGGAAACUUUCUUAACUAAAUUUAAGAGGAGUUGGCUGUAUCUCUGCACGAUCCAUUCAAAAUGUAUAAAACAAAGUUGUAAAAGGAUCUAUUUAAUAUGAUAUAAGAAUGAGAAAAUGCUCCAUGUGGUUCCAAGGCCACUUUUCUUUUCUAGAUUACUGUAAAACAUCUGGUCCUACAUACAUGCACAUUGUGUGUAACUUAGCUAAUUCAGUGGAAAGAGGUGUGUUGAUUCCUGCUGCAUUGUCCUUAAUAAAGAGAUACUCACUUUUUGCACUUUAUGACUUUU